AUGGACGGACCAACGAGCAGGCUACCGUCAUCAUCAGUACCAACUACGCACCCCUCUGGACGGCAAAUUGUGAAAGAGUCAUACAAGAGUGCGCCGGUCACCCCGAAUACAUAUAUUGAUCCGCCGCGGCCGGCCAGAGAAGGCUGCGAAUGGGUCUGGUUUCCGGCAGGCUAUUGGGCCGAGCGCGAAGUCGCUGAAAGCCCUGGAAAGGUCAUGAGACACUUCAAAUGGCGAAAGCGCUCUGGCAAGAGUAGCUCCGGCUGGGAUACCCAAGAUGGUUUGGAGAACUCAUCCAGUAGUCUAUGGGAUCAUAUACCAAGGAUUUCCCAGCCUUUACCUAGCCCCCUUCCUAGCGAGGACAGCCAUAACCAGUCAUUUCAGGGGCUAUCAUUCAACCGCCAUGGCACGAGCAGCGAGAGCGGCAAGUCUAUGUUCCCUCUUAAUCGAACGACACAAUCACCACUGCCCAGCCCCUAUCUAACAGAAGAAGCCCACGUCCAGUCUUUACAGAGAUCACCCCAAUGGUUUCAAGGCAGCGAAGGUGGUAUUUCAUUUUCGGGACCGGCUAGACCGAUACAAAGCUCACCACUUACAAUAAUAAGUGGUAAUUCAGACUCUGCUACUCCCCUUGCAACUUCUGCAAGCCAACUGCCAAGCACUUCGGGAGCUUCAGUUUCGCCUAUCGUCAAUUUACCUACAACUAUGCCCGACGCCAAACCUAGGAAAUCGUUCUUUUUAAGGCUCUUCCCGGACCAUAGGCUAAAAAUCAAGAAGAUGUACAGCGACAAUGACGCAUACGACUAUACGGCAAGCACGGUGACGGGGGCACAAGCACAACUCUUGGGUCACGGUCACAGCCGUUCGCCUGCGCCGCUCAUGGGUCGCGCGGCAUCGCUACUACGCGAGCAGAGCAAGAGGCGGCGUUCGUUUAAGCUCUUCGGAAAGAGCCCCUGGCAUCGCGAGGCGUCUGCCAGCUCUGACGUGAGCACCUCAAGCUCCAUCCGCGACGUGCUCCGGGGCCGGACACCUGUCACGAGCCCGGUCUCGUAUAUCGAACCGGCGCAUGCAUUUUGCGCGGAGUUCCCUGGCGGUGAGGCAACUCGCAUAAAGACACCCCCUCUGCGCGGGAGCGGCCAUCAUGCUUGCAAGCCACAGUCCUUCUUCUUCGAUAUCUCAGCACCACCGAUCCACCACGGAAGCGGCAGCAAUAGCAACAGCGAGCCUGAACCUUCUCGCGGCCCUGCACCUCUUUCCCCUUCUACUCCCGAGCCGCACGGCUCUUUCGAGUUUGACAUGCCGGAGCAUCUGCCCAACAGUCCCAUGUGCCCGGCCAACAAGAGGCACUCAUCCGGUGGCACGGGGAUCUGCGUGUACCAUGGCAGAAGGAAGAAGAGUAGAGACAUGCUGGGCAAUGCUAGGAGCGAUGUUGAUGACGACGACGGGGAUAGAUGGAUAUAG